CAGUCUAUCUGUACUUGCAUAUGCAUGCCAAAUAUAUAUAUACGUGCAUAACAGUCGGAGAGUACAAUUUACAGUCAAAGCGAAGCUAGUGAGGGAGACGAUUCGAUGGCGUUGGCGCACCACCUCCUCCGUCGCUCUCGCGCCUCUGCCGUCUUCAACUUCCAGCUGAUGGUCUCCACUCUCUCUGCGGCUCAGCCUCACGCGAGUCAGUCCCACCUCCGUCUCCCUCUCCCGUUUGCCCCAACUCGCACUUUCUCCUCUCACACUCCCUGUCUCGAUCUACUCGGUCUCGGCGUGGUCUCAGCUGAAUCGGCGGCAACUCAGUCCACAGGGGUUUUGAAUUCUGGUGCCGAAAAGUCGCUGCUUCCAAUUGACGAGCUGAUUUCGAUGCUCGACUGGUUCCAUCAGCUCACUGGCUUACCAUGGUGGGUAGUAAUUGCUUCUUCAACUUUGGCUAUGAGAAUUACAUUGCUCCCCAUUCGUAUGCUGCAAAUUAACAAGUUGACAAGGAUUGCACAGUUACUUCCCAAAUUGCCUCCUCCCCUGCCACCACCCUUCUCUGGAAAGAGUUAUAUGGGUCAAAUGUCUCGAUUUUACAAGAAAAGCAAGGCAGUAGGAUGUCCCUCAUUUCUAUGGAUCCUUGCAUACCCCAUUGUCCAUGCGCCCUGCUUUAUCCUGUGGCUCAAUACUACUAGGAACAUGUCACUUGAUAAUCAUCCUGGGUUUGAUAGCGGAGGCACUUUAUGGUUCCAAAACUUGACCGAAAGUCCACAUAAUGUUUUAGGCCUCGUCCUUCCUUUCAUGAUUGCUGGUUUGCACUUUGCUUCCGUUGAGAUUUCUUUCCAGACGGUUGGAGAAAGGACGGACAUGUAUGGUUUAAUGGGAAAAUACUACAAAGAUUACUUGGUUUUCUUGACCGUGCCUAUAUUAUGUUUUAGCUGCACUAUGCCUCAGGGAAGCCUCAUCUUUUGGGGUACGAGUAGCUUACUAAACAUCAUCCAGAAAUUAACUCUCGAUGACCCUGCUGUGCGGGCAAAGUUGCGGUUUCCAGGCAUAGAUGCUCCUACAGGCGCUGCAAACUCUGAGGAUUUGAGUACUCGCGAAAUUUCGCCCUUGGCUUCUCCUACAAGAACGAAGACAACAAAUUUAUGCAACCUGUCCCCUAUUGAGCUGCUUAAUCUUUCAGUCCUAGUCUUAUCACGGGGAGAUACAGAUAGAGCAUUUCAUAUGCAAAAACUUGCCCUUGAGAAGGAUCCUGAAAAUGUAAAAGCAUUGAUUAUAACGGGUCAGACUUUGUUGAAGAAAACUUUGAAUGCAGAGGCUACUGAAUACUUCGAGCGUGCCCUCACCAAGCUCUUCAGCGCUGGCCGGCCGACGGGAGCCGAGGACGUUGAUCUUCUAAUUAUUGCAUCUCAGUGGACCGGAGUAGCCUACAUACGGCAGGUGAGGUCUCGAGAUCGAUUCCCCCUCCCUCAAUAUAAUUGUAUCAAAAAAAGAAAAAAAAAAACAUUUGCGACCGAUAAGUUCGAUUUAUAUGACUGGGCAGGGAAAAACUGCGGAAGGGAUUGUACACCUUGAAGGAGUUGCAAAAAUGGAAGUGCCAGAUGAACCAAGAGGCAAAGCUCAUUACUAUGACGCUCUGCUAUUGCUUUCAAGGUAUUCAUCAGAUCAGUAAAAUUGUGAAGAAAACUUGCACGUUACGGAAAGUGAUUUUGCAAGGCCUUCCCUUUUUUUAGCCUUUGAAGAAAACGGGGGUGCGAAAAUCACCACUCUUGCACGUUAUUAAUGACUUGGCUUCUCCUUUUCAGCGCUUUAGCCAAAGUGGAUCGCAAGGCUGAAGCCUUGAAGUAUCUGCGGAUGGCUGCUGCUUACAAUCCUGAUUACAAUGAAUACAUAGAGCAAUACGAAAGGAAGACGAAGACAACAGUCCCGUGUGCUACACAGCGAAAAUCCAGCAAGACAAGACAAGGUUGGGCAGUAAGAAGAGGAGGAUCAAGAAAAAGAAGAAAUAAGUAGCUAGCACAGUAACUGGUCGCCGAGUUCAUCUUACUUGAGCAGCUUCCGGCUUAAAGUUUGUAAUAAGCUAAUCACUUUGCAUUAACAUGCUGUAAC